UCCCUCCCGCUAAUCACCCCCGCCGCCACUCCACUCCUCUGGCGCGCACACCACCCUCUGGCUGCCGACCCGCACUCCCUGCGCUCUGCGCACACCCCCCGCUCGUGCGCGCGCCACCAUGAGUGAGCCCACGCAGCGCGAUGCGCUCCCCACCAUCGUCACCACGCCCGAGGUGCACGUCGACGACACGGCUGCCGCCGUCACUGGCACGCCCGUCGACGCGCCACCAGCAGCGGCGACGGGCGACAGCCCGCACGGCCGCAACUUCAGCAUCUCGAGCAUGGGCGCCGGCCACGCGCGCAACGCCAGCCUCACGGUGCCCGGCGGCGAUGCGCCGCCACCCUCGUCGCCCACGCUCUCCACCACGUCGGAGAUGAGCGCCAUGGGGCCCGACAGCCCGUCGCCCGAGUACCGCACGUCGCUCGCGCUGCGCGACAACGACCCGCGCACGGCGCACGCGCGCCAGAUCAGCAUCGCCAGCGCCUUCACGGACGCCAGCGCCGAGCCGGCGUCGACGGCCAACGGCGGCAUGGCGCCGAGCGCCAGCAGCCAGGUCAAGUUCGAGCAGUCCUCACCCACGUCCGACGGGCGCGGCGAGAAGCUGCGCGACGUGCCCGACGCGGCCAAGAAGGAGAGCAUGAAGGGCGUGCCGGCCGACGAGGCCGACGCCGCUGCCAAGCUCUCCGGCUGGCAGCGCUUCAAGGCCAGCGUGCACGGCAAGACGCGCGCGGGCCGCGCAAAGGCGAUCCAGGACGAGAUCGACGCCGAGAAGAAGCGGCAGUACGAGAUGGACCCGGCGCCGUUCAAGUACCGGCCCGUGGAGCUCGGCGAGCUCGUCGACCCCAAGAGCGUGGCGCUGCUACGCGACAUGGGCGGCGUCAAGGGCCUGCUGGCUGCGCUCGGCACGGACGGCACGUCGGGCCUCGACGUCGGCGGCACCAAGGCCGAGGAGGAGGGUGCGCAGCGCGAGAGCGAGAAGGACAUUGAGCGCGCCGCCGGCUCGGGCGAGCCGCGCGGCGCCGACUGGGUGCAGGCGUCGCACGAGCAGCGCGAGAAGGUCUACGGCCGCAACGUGCUGCCGACGAAGAAGAGCAAGAGCCUGCUGCUGCUCAUGUGGCUGGCGCUGCAGGACAAGAUCCUCAUCCUGCUGUGCAUUGCCGCCGUCGUCUCGCUCGCGCUCGGCCUGUACACCGACUUUGGCGCCGACCCCGAGUUCGUGCCGCAGAUUGUCAACGGCGAGCUCACCGAGGUGCGCGCGCCGCAGAUCGACUGGGUCGAGGGCGUGGCCAUUCUGAUUGCCGUCGUCAUCGUCGACGUCGUGGGCUCCGUCAACGACUAUCAAAAGGAGCUGCAAUUUAAAAAGCUCAACGCCAAGAAGGAGGAGCGCGACGUCAAGGUCAUCCGGCAGGGCCGCCCGGCACUCAUGAGCGUGCACGAUGUGUGCGUCGGCGACGUGCUGCAGCUCGAGCCCGGAGAAAUUCUGCCGGCCGACGGUGUCUUCCUGCGCGGCCACAACGUCAAGUGCGACGAGUCGGGCGCCACGGGCGAGAGCGACAUGAUCCGCAAGAUUACCUACGAUGAGGCGCUGGAGCAGCUCGAGGCCGCCGAGGCCAACGGCACCAAGCCGCCGAAUCGCGACUGCUUCCUCAUCUCCGGCGCGCGUGUCCUCGAGGGCGCGGGCGAGUAUGUCGUCAUUGCCGUCGGCCCGAGCUCCUUCAACGGCAAGCUCAUGCUCUCGCUGCGCACCGAGGCCGAGAUGACGCCGCUGCAGGCCAAGCUCAACCGUCUUGCCGAGAUCAUUGCCUACUGCGGUUCCGCCGCCGGUCUGCUGCUCUUCGUCGCGCUCAUGAUCCGCUUCUUCGUCUCCUUCCGCCCUGGACAACCGAGCCUGACGCCCGACGAGCGCGGCAAGCAGUUCAUCGACAUUCUCGUCAUUGCCGUCACCGUCGUGGUCGUCGCCGUGCCCGAGGGUCUGCCGCUCGCCACGACGCUGGCACUGGCCUUCGCCACGAAGCGCAUGACGGAGCAGAACCUCCUCGUGCGCGUGCUCGGCGCCUGCGAGACCAUGGCCAACGCAAGCGUCAUCUGCACGGACAAGACGGGCACGCUGACGCAGAACGAGAUGAGCGUCGUCGCCGGCAGUGUCGGCGUGCACCUCAAGUUUGCCUACAACUUGGAAGAGAACAAGGGCCGCAUCGAGAGUCCCGAGGACGACAGCGCCGCCGAGCGCAUGGCCUCGCGCUCGAGCCUGCAGCGCCACCAGGGCCGCCGCGACUGGGCCAUCGACCAGCAGGAGCUCGGCUCCGUCAUCUCCGGCAAGCUGCGCACGCUGCUCUCCGACUCGAUCUCCGUCAACUCGAGCGCCUUUGAGGAGGUCGCCGAGGCGGGCGGCGACGACAAGCAGGCACCGCCGGGCCUCGGCGCGCUCAAGAAGGUCUCGUUCCUGCGCCGCCUGCUGCCCAAGAAGAAGGUCGAGGCGGAGAAGACGAAGCAGCUCGGCUUCGUCGGCUCCAAGACGGAGACGGCGCUGCUCAAGAUGGCCAAGGAGCUCGGCUGGGAGGACUACCGCGUGUCGCGCGAGCGCAACGAGGUCGUGACGAGCUUCCCGUUCAGCUCGGAGCGCAAGGCCAUGGGCGUCGUGAUCCGCAAGCCCGAGGGCGGCUACCGCUUCCUCGUCAAGGGCGCGUCCGAGGUGCUCACGAAGAUCUGCACGCGGCACGUGAUCGUGCCCGACCCGGACUCUGGCGAUGCCGACGGCGACGUUCAGACGGCGGCCUUCACCAAGGAGUCGCAGGAGAACGUGGCCAAGACGAUCAUCUUCUACGCCAACCAGACGCUGCGCACCAUCGGCGUCUGCUACCGCGACUUUGACACGCCCUCGUGGCCGCCGCAGGGCGCGACGAUGACCGAGGAGGGCGAGCUGGACUACGACUUCCUGGCGCGCGACCUGACGCUGCUCGCCGUCGUCGGCAUCGAGGACCCGCUGCGCCCCGGCGUGCGCGACGCCGUCGCCGCGUGCACGCAGGCCGGCGUGCAGGUCAAGAUGUGCACCGGUGACAACGCCCUCACGGCACGCUCGAUCGCGACGCAGUGCGGCAUCUACACGCCCGGCGGCAUCAUCAUGGAGGGCCCCGUCUUCCGCAAGCUCUCCGACGCCGAUAUGGACGCCGUCGUGCCGCGCCUGCAGGUGCUGGCGCGCUCCAGCCCCGAGGACAAGAAGAUUCUGGUCGAGCGCCUGAAGCGCAUGGGCGAGAUUGUCGGUGUCACGGGCGACGGCACGAACGACGGACCGGCUCUCAAGGCCGCCAACGUGGGCUUCUCGAUGGGCAUUGCCGGCACGGAGGUCGCCAAGGAGGCGUCCGACAUCAUCCUCAUGGACGACAACUUCGCCUCGAUCGUCAAGGCCAUCAUGUGGGGCCGCUGCGUCAACGACGCCGUGCGCCGCUUCCUGCAGUUCCAGCUCUCGGUCAACGUCGGUGCCGUGCUCAUCACGUUCAUCAGUGCCGUCGCGUCCGACGAGGGCUCGAGCGUGCUGGGCGCCGUGCAGCUGCUCUGGCUCAACCUCAUCAUGGACACGCUCGCCGCGCUGGCGCUCGCCACGGACCCCGCCACGCCCGUGCUGCUGAAGCGCAAGCCCGACCGCAAGGACGCGCCGCUCAUCUCGACGGACAUGUGGAAGAUGAUCAUCGGCCAGUCGAUCUACCAGGUGUGCAUGGCCCUCGUGCUCGACUUCCGCGGCAACGACAUUCUCGGCCUGCGCAUCCCCGCCGACGCCACGCCCGAGCUGCGCGAGUACCUCACCGCCACGUACACCAUCGAGCGCAACUCGCUCAUCUUCAACGCCUUCGUCUGGUGCCAGCUCUUCAACCAGGUCAACUGCCGUGAGCUGGGGCGCAAGUUCAACUUCUUUGCCGGCAUCCACCGCAACAAGUGGUUCAUGGGCAUCAUCCUUGUCGAGAUCGGCCUGCAGGUGCUCAUCUCAUUCGUCGGCAAGAGCGCGUUCGGCAUUGCACCGCUCCAGCCCGACAACCCGGCGCGCGAGAGCAGCCGGCCCGACUGGGCCAUCGUCAUCAUCAUCGGCCUCGUCUCGUGGCCGCUCGGUGUGCUGAUCCGCUGCUUCCCCACGGCGCCGUGUGAGCGGCUACUCAUCGCGCUCGGCAUCCACUCGGACCCCAACCGCCUGCCGACGAUCUCGCACGAGGCCAAGGAGGCCGAGGCCAAGGAGUACGGCGAAGAGUUCGGCGGCGUCGCCGAGCGCCUCUCGGCCUUCUCGCGCAUCCGCGGCGGCCGCUCGCAGCUCGUGCGCCUGGCGUGGAAGAGCAAGAGCCGGCGCAUGCGCGAUGCCGACGUGCACCCGCAGACGCUCAUGGCCCUCGUGCCCGCGCUCAUCGGCGCCUCCGUCGGCGGCGGCUGGCGGCCCACGAACCCCGAGGCGGCCUCGCGUCGCGACCCGGCGGCGGGCGACCCCUCCGUCUCGUCCUGGCAGCUCUACCAGGGCGGCGCCAUCCAGCUGCACCCCGACACGGCCAAUGACGACCAGUUCCUGCAGAAGCUGCAGGCCGGCGGCGGCAGCAAGUCGGCAUAGACGGGCCUGCCUCUCCGCACACUUUGUAAAUAGACUCGAUGCGCGCCGAGCGGGACACCAUUCCAGGCCGGCUGGCCUGGGGCCGCUCGCGCGCUGUACAUACAGCGCCCCCUUUCCCUUCCCGCUACCUCGUACUAGGCUCGUCGCAUCUCUGUUACAUCACCCACAAUUCAC